AUGAAAACGAACCGUUCCUGCCCUAUGUAUUCCUGGGAUCGAGUCACAGAAGAAACCGAGGAGGAACGAGCGGGGGAUCAAGACGAAAAGAGCUGGCCAUUCCAUCUUCCUGUGCAGGAAAAAAUAGCUCCUGGAUACCAUGCCAUUGUUAAAAAUCCGAUGGACUUUUCCACGCUACGGAAAAAUAUCAACAAUCGCAGAUAUAGCUCUGCGAAUCAAUUUCUGAGCGAUGUUCAGCUAAUCCACGAAAACUGCGUCACUUAUAAUGGUGCGGAACAUCCCUUUUCUAUGAUUGCUCUUAACGUUGUAAGGGUAGUCGAAGAAGCUUUGGAAGGGGUUAGUUUAUUGGGUUUCUCUCCUUUAGAGUUCAGCCAGCAUUAA